AUGAACGAGUGUACUUUCGGCGAGUCAACAACUAUUAGCGAAUCUGCCGCUAGCGAGUCCGCUCCUAGCGAGUCCGCUGCGAGCGAAGCGGUCGUUCGGCUGGUGUCGGCAGCAGCGCUGGUGGCGGCGGGAGUGCAAGACGCGGAGGAGGACUCGUGCAGCAUCUGCCUCGACGCAUUCACCGAAUCCGACCCCGCCACCGUGAGUGAACACGCUCUGAACGCGGAGGAGGGCUCGUGCAGUAUCUGCCUGGACGCGUUCACUGAAUCCGACCCCGCCACCCUCACAGUGUGCAACCACGAGUACCACUUCCAGUGCGUCCUCUGCUCGCCUCUCGCACACUGCCCCUCACCCCCCUCCCUUUCCCUUGCGUGUGCUUCUCACGUGUUCCCCUCCGUGUGCUCCUAUGCUCUCACCAGCUCACGGUGUGCCAUCACGACGACUACCACUUCCAGUGCGUCCUCUGACCGCCUCCUGCGCAUUUCCCCUCACCUCCCUCUCGAUCUCUUGCGUGUGCUCCCCACGCAUGUGAUUUCCACGCGUGCCCCCCCCGUGUGCUGCCAGCUCACAGUCUGCAACCACGAGCACCAAUUCCAGUUCCUCGUCUCGCCUGUGCAUAUUACCAAUCACCCCGCUCCCUUUCACCCGUUCGCCUGUGCGUGCCUCACAGUCUGCAACCACGAGUACCACUUCCAGUGCGUCCUUGAAUGCAUAUCGUUGCCGUUAACCAUGCAUCUACAUGGUUCUCCUCCCUUCCCUCCCCUUCCUCCUAACCCCCCAUCCCCCCCGCUACCUCCUCCUCCUCUUACUCCUCCUCUUACUCCUCCUCUUACUCCUCCUCUUACUCCUCCUCUUACUCCUCCUCUUACUCCUCCUCUUACUCCCCCUCUUACUCCUCCUAUCGCCCCUGCUCUCCUCUGCACAUUCCUUCUCGCUCCCUUCCCUCGUUCCCUCUUCGCCCCAUCCUCUUUAAUUCCCCCCUGCUCCCCACCCCCCCUGCUCCCUGUCCCUCCGUUCUCCCCACUCUCUUUUGCUCCCCAUUCCCACGUCCGCCACAUUCCCCCAUGCUUUCCCCUCCCCUGUGCUUUCCCUUCCCCUGUGCUUUCCAUCUCCAAUCACCCGUGCUCCUCAUUCCCUAUGUUUCGUUCCUCUUUGCUCUCCACUUCCCUCUGCUCCCGUUCCCAUUCCCCCGUGCUCCCCAUUCCCCUCCCAUUCCCCCGUGCUGCCCAUUCCCCCAUGCUGCCCAUUCCCCCGUGCUGCCCGUUCCCCCGUGCUGCCCGUUCCCCCGUGCUGCCCGUUCCCCCGUGCUGCCCGUUCGCCUGUCCUCCUUCUCAUUCCCCCGUGCUCUCCAUUGCCCGUCCCUCCUCCCCAUUUCCGCCCCUUCUCCCCAUUCCCCAGGGAAAAACGACGAAAGGAGUGCCCCAUGUGCCUUUUGAGGCCCAGCGUCGAGAGGAGUGCCCCAUGUGCUGGCGCAAGCUGGCACUGCAAGAUGAAACCUGUCAGGAGCUGCUACUGGCGUGCUACCGGGAGAAAGAAAUCCAAGCAGCAGAGCAGGGAGGUUGCUGCAGCGCUUCUUAUCCCGCCUCGUUCCCUUGUGCCGCUGUUGCCU